CGGCGCCCCGCGCAGCCAGCCAACCAGACUCCCGCCACCCGCCGGCUCUCUUCCCGGCCGCGGGUCCCGCCCGCGCACCAGCUGAGGGAGCCCCAGCUUCUGUCCCGCAUCUGUCCCCGCCUCGCCCCGCUGCCCGGCGCCUUUGUCUGCUCCUCACCCACCCCGCCCCCGAGACUGCGCCCCCACCGGGUGGAGCCGAACCUCGAGGGUCCUGGGGGGGUGCCCCGAGGAUGCGCCGCGCUGGGAGCCUGCGGGCCGAGAGAUGUGGAAAUUAAGGCACAGAAAUUAUCUGAACCAGAUAAUACCUUAAGUUGUAGAUCUAAGAUGCAAACUUGGACAAUCUGACUCCAGAAUCUACACUCAUAAUCACUACAUUAUACGGGCCCUUCAAUAAGUUCCAAAAGAUGAGUCGUGGAUAUUCAGAAAACAACAAUUUCCUGAACAAUAACAACCAAAUGGUAUUGGACAUGAUCCUUUAUCCAUUAAUUGGAAUCCCUCAGACCAUCAACUGGGAAACUGUGGCAAGGCUUGUACCUGGAUUAACACCUAAAGAGUGUGCAAAAAGGUUUGAUGAAUUGAAGAGCAGUGGCAACUCACCUGUUGACAACCAGUAUUAUCCCUUAAUGGAGGGAGAGAGUCCUGUUGAAACUUUAGCUACAUAUAUCAAAACCUCACUUCUUGACACACAGGGAGAUUUUCAGGAGACUCCAGUUGGUCAGGAUGCAGUUUCCAAGACAGGAAGACAUAGUAUAGCUUCCACAAGGAAUUGUUCUUCAGAAAGUGAAAAUUGUACUACUCGUAAUGGUGGAGGAAAGACUGAAGAAUCUGAAGGGCCAAACAUGGUGAUCCAUGUAUGUGACGAAGGAAAAAACUUGAAAGAAGAUUUUAUUUGCCCACGAGAUCUUUUGAUAUCAGAAAUGAAGUACUUUGCUGAAUAUUUAUCUAUGGAUGCCCAGCGCUGGGAAGAGGUGGACAUUUCAGUUCAUUGUGACGUUCAUAUUUUCAACUGGUUGAUAAAAUAUGUUAAAAGAAACACUAAGGAGAAUAAAGAUUGUGAGAUGCCCACUUUAGAGCCAGGAAAUGUCAUUUCAAUUCUUAUUUCCUCCGAGUUUUUGAAAAUGGAUUCAUUAGUUGAACAGUGUAUUCAGUAUUGCCACAAAAACAUGAAUGCCAUAGUAGCUACCCCAUGCAACAUGAACUGUAUUAAUGCAAAUCUUCUUACACGUAUAGCUGAUCUGUUCACACAUGAUGAAGUUGAUGAUUUAAAAGACAAAAAAGAUAAGUUUAGAAGUAAACUUUUUUGUAAGAAGAUUGAGAGACUGUUUGAUCCUGAGUACUUGAAUCCAGAUUCUCGGAGUAAUGCUGCAACAUUAUAUAGAUGCUGUUUGUGUAAGAAACUUUUAACAAAAGAAACAGAAAGAAGAAUUUCUUGUGUUCCUGGAAAAAUUAAUGUCGAUCGACAUGGAAAUAUUAUCUAUGUUCACAUAAGAGAUAAGACUUGGGAUGUUCAUGAGUAUUUGAAUACCCUUUUUGAAGAACUAAAAUCUUGGAGAGAUGUGUAUUGGCGAUUGUGGGGAACAGUCAACUGGCUGACUUGUUCAAGAUGUUAUCAGGCUUUUCUCUGUAUUGAACUUUCACAUUGUCAGUACCACUCAGAAACAGUAGUUUAUUCUACUGCAGCAAACUCACUGAGCACUGUUGGCACUGGAAUUUAUCCCUGCUGCAAUCAAAAGGUUCUUCGAUUUGAUCCCACUCAGCUUACAAAGGGCUGUAAAGUGAAGGACCACAUGGUUACGCUUCAUGAUCAAGGUGAAGGUGGAGAUUUACUGUCCGUUCCAACUACUAGAAUACUGGACGAUCUAAAUAAGCACAAAGAUGUCAUUGUUGUGCCUUUUUCUAAAGAUUUGGUUAGUGAUCCUGCAGUUGGCUCCUCUGAUGAAAAGGGUCUAGAAUGUGAUGUUUUACUGGAGCCACAUACACCAUGGGGCCCCAAAACUGGAGAGCUCAAUGCUUUCUUGUCCCUAAAAAACUGGACUCUGCAACUGAAACAACAGUCAUUAUUUUCAGAAGAAGAAGAAUAUACCACUGGAUCUGAGGUUACUGAAGAUGAAGUUGGUGAUGAAGAAGAAGUAUCCAAGAAACAAAGGAAAAAGGAGAAACCAAAGAAGUUCACUAAACCACCAAAAAAGCAGAUGUCUUCACCCUGUGCACAAAAGAAAGAAAAGGCAUUGGAGAAGUCAGCUUCUAGAGAUGUGUCUCCUUUCAUUGUAAGUAUGCAGAAGAAUAAAUGGGAUGCCACAAGGUCCUUGAGAUUCAACCAAGAUGCACAAAGAGAAGAUGAUCAGCGGCGGAUGUCUGAAAUUACAGGGCAUCUAAUAAAAAUGAGAUUGGGUGAUCUGGACCGAGUCAAGUCAAAGGAAACAAAAGAAUUCGCAGGAGGUAUUUAUUCCAGGCUCGAAGCACAAAUCAAAGCCUCCAUACCAGUCAGUGCACGGCAAAACAGCUCAGAGAAAAACACAAGGUCUAAAAGUCGUUUUGGUCCAGGGCGUCCUGUAUAAAGCACCUUAAAAUAUAAAAAGACAGAAGAUAACUUCCUGGACAUCCGAAAUUGCUUGCUUCUUGAAGAUCUUCAGAAUGAUAACUUCUCAAUGUUCUGUUUAUUAAUUGUUCUUGCAAGACACAUAAAUCACAAUGCUAAGAGACAUAUAUAGUUAGGUUUUAUGAAAAUCUAAUUGUAAAUAUGAAACUUCCAAUUUUCUUUUAGUAUAAUUCUAGGCUAUGUAGAAAACAAUUUACAAAUUUUGCAUAGUUAAGAUUCCUAAUAUUUGUUAUUAUUUAUUUGAAGAGAAGAGGCCUAAAUGGUCAAGUGGCUAAAAUAUUAAGGGAACACAACUGGUAGUGUUACUGUGCAUGUGCACUGAUCGUAGUAUGUCUUUUGGGCUGUAAAUCUUGGGUAUAGCAUUGAGAACUGCAGUUUAUAUGAUGAAAUUUCCAGUGAUGCUGAUUUUAAAUCUGCAUGAAUAUUAAGGAGCAACAGAUCUCAAAACUGCAUUAAUAAAGUUUUAAGGUGAGGUAGGUAUUUAAAUACUGUGUUGGUUAGUUUCUUUUUCAGCAUUAUUCCAUAGAAAAUAGAAUGCUAAUGCAACUUUGGCUUUCAGUUUUCCAUGCUUAUCCUUUGAUCAUCUAAGCUGGAAUCACUAAUGAUUACUUUUUUUCUCUGUGAACUAGUGCCAUUCUGAAUUUGUUAAAAUAUUGAUAGUUUUAGGAUAACAAAUUACUUCAGUUGUGUGAGACACUCAUUGUACAGUUCUCAGGGCUUCAAGACCCAUCUAUAUUUCUGUAGCCAUUCAAGUAGCCCUUUUAAAACAGUUAUGAUUGCUGGAUACCUUACAGAUGUCUAAAAACUUCCCAAAUAUAUCAGAUGGCAAGAAAUUGCAUACUUCAAGAAAAAUUAAAAUAAAAUUCUGUUUUAUAAAUCAUGUUUUAAUUUUUCUAACCAGACAGAAAGUGCUCAGGGAAAAUUUGUUUCAAACCAUAGCACACAAUAAAUUAUAUGUUUGAAAAUUACUGAUAUGUAAGUCUCUGAAAAACUUUGAGAUGCACUGUUUCUAUUUUUAGUCUGUAUUUGCCUUUUAGUAGAAAUGUCUUCAAAUUAUUCAGAGGAUAGACUUUGAUAAUGUGUAACAGAACAUCAAUUUCUUUUUAAAUGUUCAAGUGUUACUUAGUUUACACAUACAGAAAUCAUUUUUAGUGAAUGUUUAGUUUACAUAUAUAAAACUAGAUGUUAUUUGAUGUUAUAUGUAUGGCUUUGUAUGUAUAUAAAUUUUUAAACUGUUUGGAAAUUUUGUUCCAGUAUAUAUUUGUUUCAAUUGUUUGAUGCUUGAAAAUAGAUUAUACAGUAUUUAUUUUCAAAAGAAAAUGUUUUGUAGUACAUUAUAUGUAAACCCUGUUUAACUAAGAGUCUUGUUAUGGUUUACUGUAUUCUCUGAUAAAAAGAAUUUGGGUUUGUUGUACUUUAGUACAAACUGUACUGCACUUUGUACAGUGCUGUGAUGGUCACAAUUAGAAGAGAAAAAUGUGCUCUUUUCAUUUUUAACUGAUGGUGAAAAUGCAAAUUACUUCUCCUGGGGGAACUGAAUUUAUUUUUACAAACCAGAAUUUGUCCAAAUUUGAUUCUCUUCAGAAUGUGCUUCUUAUUUUGUUAAUGUCUGUCUAUAUACAUGCACAAGUACCACAAAAAAAAUUUUUUUUUCUUUUCAGGAAUUGGACACAGGGCCUUGUACAUGCUAGGCAAGUGCUUUAGCACUGAGCUACAUUCCCAGCCCUUUAAAAAAAAAAUAUUGAGACAGGGUCUCACUAAGUUGCCCAUGCUGUCAUCAAACUUGCCUCUGCCUCCCAAGUAGCAGGGAUUACAGGUGUGCAACACCACACCUGGCUCCAUCAAGAUUUUACCCAAACCCUUAAUAGCAGUUCUUUUGCCACAAACUUUGAGAUUUACAUUACACUAAUUCUGAAUUCACAUUUCUUAAAUUGAAAUAAACCUUAGUGACAAAAGUUGUUUGGAAAGUCUCUUCAUCUGAAUUAUUCCAUACUCUCUGAAAAAGUCCUCAUUGUUCUAGAUUCUAUGGGUUUUCAUGGAAAAUUAGUGUUUCAAGGUGAAUUCUUUUAAGUUUUGAGAGUAUUUUCAAUGAAGAUACCUGGGUAAGGAUUUAGCAAAAUAUUCAGGGGUAAAAUAUUGCUGAUGGUCUGGGGUGUAGCUCAGCCCUGGGCGCCUUCCAUGGCUCUUCAAAAAUAAACAAGCAAAUGAGUAAAAGCAGUGCAGGAAAGAUGAUCUGAUAACAAUGCUGAUUGCACACAAUGCCAUUGUUUUGCCUGUUGUUUUCUGCUUAGGCAGAUAUGUAAAAUUGUUAAUUGCUUUGGAAGCUGAGGCUGAAUCUCUGUCAUGUUUAUCUGCUAAUGAUAAAUUUUAAUAAAUAUAAAAAGGCAUUUGUCUCCAA